CGCUCUCCCGGAGUUGGCCGGCGUCGAGGGCGCGAGGGCGGCCAGGUCAAAAGGUGGGGCUGGCGGCGCUUCUCCCUCUUUCUCCGGGGGGGCGGCGGUCACGGAUGGUCGUGGUUAUGUAAACGCCGAGGCGCGGAAGUGGAUCCUUCGGCGUGAGCGCCUCCCCCCGCGAUCCGCAGCCUGAAGGCAGCGCCCGGAGCCGCCCGGAGAUCGCAGCCCCCCAGUGCCCCCCCUCGCCUCGCUCGCCUUCGCCCCGCCGCCUCUCCCCGGGGGAAGCGUGGCCCAUCGGCGCCCGCAGGAUGUCCGCGGUGGCGUACAUGGACUUCGUGGCUGCCCAGUGCCUGGUGUCCAUCUCCAACCGCUCCGCGGCCCAGCCCGACGUGACCCGGGAAGCGGAGCUGCUGAAGAUGCCCGAGGAAGAGGAGGACGAGGCCGCCGCCGCCGUGACCAAGGAGAUGAACGACCCCCGGGACGCCUGGAAGGAUUAUUGCACUUUGGUGACCAUUGCCAAAAGCUUGCUGGACCUGAACAAGUACCGGCCCCUGCCGACCCCCUCCAUCUGCAGCGACAGCGUGGAGAGCCCCGACGAGGACGCGGGAUCCGACAGCGACGUGACCACCGAGUCCGGCUCCAGCCCGUCGCACAGCCCCGCCGAGGGGCAGGAGGCGGGCGGCGGGUCCGACCCGCUCUCGCUGCUGCGCGGCGCGGCGCCCGCCAAGGGGAAGCUGGCCGCCGAAAAGAGACACAAGUGCCCCUACAGCGGGUGUGGCAAGGUCUACGGCAAGUCGUCCCACCUGAAAGCCCACUACCGGGUGCACACAGGUGAGCGACCGUUCCCUUGCACAUGGCCCGAUUGCCUUAAAAAGUUCUCCCGCUCUGAUGAGUUGACGCGACACUACCGAACCCACACUGGGGAGAAGCAGUUCCGAUGCCCACUCUGUGAGAAGCGGUUCAUGAGGAGCGACCACCUGACAAAGCAUGCGCGUCGCCACACUGAGUUCCACCCCAGCAUGAUCAAGCGAUCUAAAAAGGCCAGCUCUGCCUCCUUUUGAAUAACAGACUACAAUGGGGGUGGGGAGACAACCAUUGUCGAGAAAGGCAUAACUGAUCAGCACAAAUACGUCCGCCAGUGUACAGAAAUAUUCCCCUACUUGCAUUUUUAAAGCACAUGUAGCCGGAAGAUUAACAUUUUCAUCCUCUCCACCCUGCUAUGCUACCAACAACAGUCUUAAAUCAGUCACUGCUGGGUGGGCGUUGGGGAGGGGGGAUCAGCAGAAAUAAUGCAACUUUUCUUUUUGUAGUUUAAAUAAUUGACACUGGUGUAUAUAUGUCUGACUGGUGGUUUGACCUGUGACACCACAGUAGUGAUUCCAAGCUCUUUGUGAUUGCUGUGUCAUGGGCAUGUUUUGUUGACUAAUGUAAUGCUGCUUGUAUUUAAAUGAAAACAAAAAUGACAAAAAAAGUUUAGUACAACCACUUUCCAGCUCACUUAAGUAUUUCUCAAGGAAAGGAAACAGAACAGAAACCCAACUCCAUAGCACAUGUUUUAGAAGAAGAUUCACUUCUCUGUGUGUGUGUCUCUCUCAGUGGUCCAUCCUGUUCAAGACUGUUAAGAAAAAAACCAUUACAUCUGUUGCUCUUAUUAGCUGAUUGAUGUACAAACAAGGAGGUGAAAUUUAUACUGAAGAAGAACUGUUCUGUAUAUCCAGGUUGUUGUUUU